CACCGCUGACCGCUCUCUCGGAACUGAAACUGAUCAGUUGGUAUCAAGUCAGUGCGUGACUGCGUGUGCGGGAUGGAUGUUCAAAUUUCGGAAAAGUACGUUAGUACGCGAGGCGGAAAUUGCAUAGUAAUUGAAAAUUACAAAUUGUGUCAAGCAAAUGUACUUAAGAACGGAAAUGUGCGGUAUCGGUGUACGAUGAAAAGUUGUAGGUACAGUGUUUUAGUUGAUAAAUCCCGCGAACAUGUUUUGGAAGUUAAGAACGAACAUUCUGCACCAAAUCACCAAUAUUCUGAUGAUGAAAUAACGAGACAGAAAUUUAAGGAAACUUUAAAAAGAAAAGCGACCGAAAACAUCAGAGAGAAACCGUCUGCCAUAAUCGGUAGGAAUUUAUUGGCAGAGGGGACUGACGCAGUGGAAUUUCAGCACAUAGAGUCAUUACGGCAAAGUAUGUACAGGAAACGAAGAAAAUUAACGAAGAACCCUUUACCAGGUAGUAGAAACGAAGCUAUCAAACAAUUAUUUGACAAACAGGAACAAAUUUUGUUUCAAAAGGAACAGUUUUGUUUUGUUCACGACACCGAACCCAUAGUAAUUUUUACAUGCACCGAAAACAUGAACUUAUUGAGUAGCUGCACCGAUGCCUUUGCAGAUGGAACCUUUUCAUUCGCCCCUCAACACUUCACGCAAUUAUAUACUAUACAUGUUUACGUUCAAAAAUUUUACGUUCCUGUUGCUUUUUGCUUCCUUGAAAAUAAAACGGAGGCCACUUACAAUUUAAUGUGGCGACGGUUGUUGGCCAUAUGCGAACAAUUAACAGGUAAAACUUUCUGCUUUUCACACUUUUACGCUGACUUUGAGAAAGCUGCUCAUAAUGCCGUACUAGCAAUGUUUCCGGAAUGCCUUAUAUUGUGCUGCACCUUUCAUUUAGCUCAGAAUUGGUUUAAACAUAUUCAGCAAAACAAGUUCCUUCUUAGAGAAUAUAAUACGCCAGAUUCUGAAGUGGGCAAAUAUUUGAAAUAUUUUUUUGGCCUGCCAUAUUUACCGCCUACUGAAAUAGAAGCAGGUUUCGUUGAUUUACUAUCGAUUGCACCCCCCCAAGUGCCAUCUGAUUUUUCCGAUUAUGUCUUAGAAACGUACAUAGACGAGGCGGCACUGUUUCCUCCUAGCAUGUGGGCAGGCCCCCCCUCUGAUGGGCCAAGAACGACCAAUGGACCUGAAUCCUUCCACAGCAAUUACAAUAAAAAUUUUUACCAUCGGCCUUCAAUUCAUAGUGUCACGCAAGUUUUACUAGAAACGCAAGCUCUCACAAUGACAAAAAUUAACUCAAUCAAGAAGCAAUCUACAAAUGUUAUCCGGAAAGAAACCGCCGAUCGACUUGCAACAUCCAUCCAGGCAUGGAAUACAUGCAAAGAAGCAUUAGAAGGAGGCUCUGAAACGGCUCGCUUGAGGUACCUGAAGUUUAUGGGAUACCGAUUUCACGGGAAGAAAGUUUAAAGUUUUCGACUUAAAAUGUGACGUGAUAAUUAUUUUAUCUUAAAAAAAAACUGUGCGCACAGUUUCUUUGUUGUUUUUUUUUAAAGUGGAUUUUGAAAUGUUGAGAUGUGCAAAAAUCCUUACCGUGCGGACAGUUUCUUUAUUUUUUUUUAAAAAGAAAGAGGUUUUUUGAAAUUUUGCGAUUUGCAUAUACGUGAUUUAAGGGAGGGGGGGAAAAAGUUCCGAACUUUUACUUUUUACAAAAUGAAGUGGAGUUUUGGAACUUUUUGUCAACCGACCUCUUGUAUCUUCUUUUGCUACUUCAAAUCACAGUCUUCUUCUUGAAUCUUCUUGAAUCAAUGGGUGAGUACAUUAAUGUUUAUUUAGGGGAUAGUUUCAGGUUUGCCGACGUUGCCAACUCCUCCAAAUGGUAACAAAAAUUGUCAUGAAAUAAUUUGCGGAAAUGAUCCCCGAUUUCCAGCCCCUUUUUCAGUUCCUCGCGGAAAU